AUUCAAUGUGUCGCGGUGUACGGGUGCAGGACGAGUGGACGUAUUUUUGCGGAAUUUGGGUGAAAAAUCGCUCAAUUGUUAUCAUCCUUGCUGUUGCGCAAUUCAUCGUCGCUACAGUCUCCCUGGCUCAGCAUAUAUUUCUCUGCUCAUUUAACGAGUCUUCUCCAAAUGCAGGGAAUUUUCUCAGUGCUGAUGUUAUCAUCUUCGACUUUGGUCUGUUCCAUGAGUUGAUUCAGGUGGGAGCCAGUAGAAUAUGCAGUAAAAGUAUGCAUCAACCUACAAAUCAACUAACGGAGGUGAUCUCUCAUCUCAAACUCGGCAGUCCAAGCGGUUGUUACAGGCAUAAUAAUGACUUUUACACGAUGGCGGAAAGAUUAGGCAAUGGCAAUGUUUGUACUGCGAAGCCACUGAAGAACGAGGGUUCACAGUAAUU